CAGGUCUACUCCAACAUUGAGACAAAUGUCCCGCAGUGGAUGUUUAAGUUGAGAGGACGCUGUUGUUUGAUUCAGGGUGACUGACAUCUGCCAAUCAGGGCAGGGUGUUUGAAGCACCAAGGGUGGAAAACAGCCCACCCCAACCUGCCUCCUCCUCCUCCUCUUCCUCCUCCUCCUCUUCUAUCCUCCCCUGCCAGCCCAUCUUUCCCCCGGAGGAAAAAGGUUGGUCGGUGUGUGCUGCAGCAGAGGCAAAGGUGGGUGACGGCAACACCGACACACGCCGGCUUGCAAAUCUGACGGAGAAACAGCAGCAGAGCUGGCACGUCACCGCGGCCUGACGCUGCUUUUGAAGGAGAGAGCAUCCCAAAGUUCUCCAGAGGUUCCUCGCAGCUUGUGUGGAGCAUUUUGCCGAGACCUGCAGCCAUGUCACCUUUCCUGCGAAUCGGUUUCUCCAACUUUGAGAUCGAUCCGGGUCUGGCCUACCAUGAGGAGGUGCUGAACCCUUACUGCGCCGUCUACAUGAAGGAGGCCGUUGAAACAGAGAAGGGUCAGGUGUACAAGCAGAAGAAGCCCACCAUGUACCCGCCGUGGAGCACCACGUUUGACGCCCACGUCCACCGGGGGCGCGUCAUGCACGUCAUGGUGAAGGACCGCACGGCCGAGCUCAAGUCUGAGGCCACCGUGGCCCUGGACACGCUGGCAUCACGCUGCAAGAAGGAGAAUGGCAAGCUGGAGAUCUGGCUGGAGUUGAAGCCACAGGGCCGACUGCUGAUGGAGGCUAAAUAUUAUCUGGAGAAAAGCGAUGCCACAGGUCAGAGUGAGGGAGAUGCGGAGUCCGAGCGGGAGAGAGAGGGGAUGUUUGCCCUCCAUCAGCGGCGCGGCGCCAUCAAACAGGCCAAGAUUCACGUCGUCAAAUGUCACGAGUUCAGCGCCACCUUCUUCCCUCAGCCGACCUUCUGCUCCGUCUGCAAAGAGUUUGUCUGGGGGCUUAACAAGCAGGGCUACCAGUGCAGACAGUGCAAUGCAGCUAUCCACAAGAAAUGCAUAGACAAAGUUAUCGCCAAGUGCACCGGCUCAGCGGUCAACAGCAAAGAAACAAUGAUUCACAAGGAGCGCUUCAAGAUCGACAUGCCCCACAGGUUCAAAGUUUACAACUACAAAAGUCCCACUUUCUGUGAACACUGUGGGACUCUGCUGUGGGGGCUCGCCAAGCAGGGGCUCAAAUGUGAGGAGUGUAGCAUGAACGUCCACCAUAAAUGCCAGAAGAAAGUGGCCAACCUCUGUGGGGUCAACCAAAAGCUGAUGGCUGAAGCUCUGGCGAUGAUCGAGAGCAAACAGCAGGCCAGAAGCACCAGAGACAGUGAUAUCAUUGGUCGAGAGGGUCCAGUUGGUGUAGGUCAGGCGGGAGUGGUUCGAGCCCCGUCAGGGUUGGUGACGGGUUUACCUGCCACAGCAACUCCUGCACGCAAAGAGCUGCAGGGCAUAUCAUGGGACAGUCCAGCAGACGUCAGCAAGCCGGUGGCCGAGCAGGACAAAGACGACGAGCCCCUGUACGCUGUUCCCAGGAAGGAGCACCAACACAAGUUCACCAUCGACAACUUCGUCCUGCACAAGAUGCUUGGCAAAGGCAGCUUUGGCAAGGUGUUUCUGGCGGAGCUGAAAGGCACCGGGCAGUUCUUUGCGGUUAAAGCCCUGAAGAAAGACGUGGUCCUGAUGGACGAUGACGUGGAGUGCACCAUGGUGGAGAGGAGGGUCCUCUCUCUAGCCUGGGAACAUCCCUUCCUCACACACCUCUACUGCACCUUCCAGACCAAGGAGAACCUGUUCUUUGUGAUGGAGUAUCUGAACGGGGGUGACCUCAUGUUCCACAUUCAGACCUGCCACAAGUUUGAUCUUCCCAGAUCCACGUUCUACGCGGCUGAGAUCAUCUGCGGGCUCCAGUUCCUGCACUCUAAAGGAAUCGUAUACAGGGAUCUGAAACUAGAUAAUGUGCUGCUGGACUCGGAGGGCCACAUAAAGAUAGCAGAUUUUGGCAUGUGUAAGGAGAACAUGCAGGAGGACUCGAGGACCUCCACUUUCUGUGGGACGCCGGACUACAUCGCCCCAGAGAUCCUGCUGGGUCAGAAGUACAACAGCUCAGUGGACUGGUGGUCGUUUGGCGUGCUGCUGUAUGAGAUGCUGAUUGGUCAGUCUCCGUUCCACGGUCGAGACGAAGAGGAGCUGUUUCAGUCCAUCCGCACCGAUGACCCCUGUUACCCCCGCUGGCUGACCAAGGACGCCAGAGAUAUCCUGGUCAAGCUGUUUGUUCGGGAGCCUGAGCAGCGCCUCGGGAUAAAGGGCAACAUCAGGCAUCACAGCUUCUUCAGUGGCACCGACUGGACCGCCCUGGAGCAACGGAAGGUGGAGCCGCCCUUCAGGCCAACUGUGAAAUCGCCUAGCGACUGCAGUAACUUUGACAAGGAGUUCAUCAACGAGAAGCCCAGGCUGUCGUGUGCCGACCGCACCCUCAUCAACAGUGUUGACCAGACCAUGUUCAAAAACUUCUCCUUCGUCAACCCUGGGAUAAAUCGUAUUAAAGGAGUCUGACUGCCUGACAGACAAUCUACAACCUACCAGCAAGCCGCUCACACAGCACUUACUAUAACACAGAGACAGUAGACCAUGAAUGUGACAAAACUCAGCUGUAACAAACCCACAACCUCACCAUAAUCACUAAAGGGGGGGGGGGGGGGGGCGUCCCGGUGGAUCAGCAGGGUAAGAAGCGCAGUCCAGCUGGGGCUGUGGCACGUCAUCUCUCUCCCCAGUUUCUCCUGUCUCUUUCCACUUUCAGCUGUCUGAUGAAGGUAAAAAGGCUGAAAAAAUAAUCUUGAGAAAAUC